CAUCUCUCUCUCUCUCUCUCUGCAGUCCCCAUCGCAUCCACUCUCGCGUGACCCAACCACUCCAUACCCCAGACCCGGCGGCGGCCGCCGUGGCCGCCGCGACAGCCGACUUAGGACGGGGCGGCCUCCAAGCUCGCGAGCAUGCCGCACGCUCGCUCCGAUCCGGGAUUGGAUGUCAAGCCAAUGGUGUCGGGCUUCUGCAGGUCUGACCCCGUAUCUGGACCAAAGCGUCUCAAGUUGCUAGCAGGCGAGUCAUUGGAUGCUGAACCCCUCAUUUGUUCCGUGUCAGCGUGUGAUGAUUCAGGAGGGAGCUUGCUUGACUGGUGCUCUGAGCGGCAUCGAACUGCUUCCUGUAGUGGUGACCAGGAGCAAAACACCGGCCUAUUUGCUGCGAUGCAGGAAAAUGUUUGUUCCAUUGAUAGCAAUGGUGGGGUUCAUCCGCAGCCUGGGCAUGGAUAUUCAGCUGGUCAAAAUGGGAUGCAGAGUGCAUAUCUGGAACAUCAAGCUUUGGAAGGUUGCAUGUAUGUGAAUGAGCAUGGCCAGAUGUGUGGACCUUACUCACCGGAACAGCUGUAUGAGGGGCUAUCCACUGGUUUCUUGCCUCAAGACCUUGCUAUCUAUGCUCUUUUUGGUGGGAAAACGGCCAAUCCUGUGCCCUUAAGCUUCCUGAAAGAGUUCCUUUCACAAUGGAAUUUUGGCACUGCGGUCUCCACUCCAAAUGAAUCCAUGCAGGCAAAGAAAGCGACUUCCAAUGAUAAAAUUGUUCUUCCAGAUGCUCUUUCAAGCGAAGAAGCAUGCUGGAUGUUUGAGGAUACAGAAGGCUGCCGACAAGGGCCACAUUCUCUUGCUGAACUUUCCUAUUGGCAUCAUAAUAGCUAUAUCCAAGAUCUUUCAAUGAUUUACCAUGUUGAUGGCAAAUUUGGUCCAUUCACACUUGUGUCACUAAUUGGUUGGUGGAGUGGAGGUCAUGCAGAGGGUUCGGAUGCUACAGCUAAUGAUUCUGCAUCAUUAAAUGGCUUAAUGGGUGACAUAAUUGAUGAUGUCAGCCAUCAGCUGCAUGCAGGGAUAAUGAAAUCAGCUCGCAGGGUUUUAAUUGAUGAAAUAUUCAGUUGUGUACUUCCAGAUUUAAUUGCUUCCAAGAAGACUGAGAAGCAACUGGCUGCAAAACUGAAGAGCCAAACUACUAAGCCUGACAGUGUGAGCAACAAGAAGGUUUCUGCAUUUAAGGCCAAGGUUGACACACCAUCUACUGUUCCAAAAAAAAUCAUCUCCCCAUAUGAUAUGGCCCCAGCAGAUUCUUCUGUGGCUAUUCAAUCUACAGAAGUAUAUGAGAAAUUUGCUGAUAUACUAUCAGCAGUUUGGCAAACAAUUUAUUAUGAAUCCAUGAAGAAUGUCUGGGAUGGAAUACUGUCUGACCCUGUUCUAGACUACUGUGAUGUAUGGUUACAGAGAAAUGGCCAAUUGAAUCUGCCCUCUACAAUUAUUUAUAUCGCCCCUGAUAACAUAAACACCCAAGACAGUGAUGAUUUGUCACCAAAGGAUUCGGAUGCUCCUGAGUGUGACAUGGAUUUCCCACCUGGAUUUGGACCAAGUUGGGAAUCUACUGAGAGCUCCCUCUCUUCAUCCUUAUUAGAAGUCAAUUAUAGAAUUGACAAAAUUGAUGGGAAGUCUGAAUCAAGCGCCACUUUAUUUUCUGGCCCCUUAUCAGGAGUCCAGAUGAUGCUAGCGAACGAACUAUAUGUCGCAUCAAAGCAAUCUGUAUUUCACUAUUUCGAGGAGGUUAUUGCAAAGGAGAUAACAAAUUGUUUAUGCUUUGGACUCGAAAGCAGUAUUAAUCCGGAACAUAUUGAUACCCCUAUUCACGCACAGGAGUCACCCUUUUCUGUCGGAUUGUCUAUGCAUGAAACACUCGAUGCUGUUGAAAUGGCUCUAGAUGAAGAGUUGUAUACCACUGAAAUGGCUACAACCUCAAUAACCAGUCCAGCUGAAAUAGAUACAGAUGAAACAUUGAGGGUUGCUGAAAUGACAACUGAUAAAAUGCUCAGUUCUCAUGCGGAAUACCUACCACUUUCUGUGGCUUAUGCAAGUAUAUUUGAAAAGAUAGAUAUAUGUAAGACGGCAGAAUUGGAUGAGAGUUCUGAUGAAGUGCCUCCUGGAAUGGAGACUGGCUUAGUUCCUUUGGCACUUAUGGACAAAAACGGAUAUCAGCCUUCAAAAUCAACGAACCCUAUUCCUGUGAUUUCUAGAUAUAUUACUUUGGCUCUCUGCCGGCAAAGAUUACAUGAGAAUGUUGUGAAAGAGUGGACAUCUCUCUUCUCAGAUACCAUUAGCAAGUGCUUUGACUCAUGUUACACCAGGCAAACUGCUGUACCUAAAAGUGCAGAUGGAUCAUCAAAACUGAAAGAAUAUACAUACUACAGGAAGAGGAAGUUGAAGAAAACCUGCCAAGCAACAUCAUCGAAAAAACAAGUGGAAAUCUCAAUGGAUGAGCAGCUUUCCAAACCUCUGUGUGACCUUGUUGAACGCAAGGUUUACGUGAAAAAUACUCAGGAAUCAAGAAAAGCUGUGAAAUCAGAGAGAAUUUCAGUUGUGGACAAGCCGCCUAAAACAGGAGCCAAAACUGUGGCUAAUGAUGCUUAUGAUUUGAAUAUCCAACAAGACCUGAAACUCCUUUCCAGUGGUGUGCCAAAGAGAAACAGGUCAUCUUAUCCAACUAAGAAGCAGGUGGUUGCUAACAAAGCGCCUACAGUGAAUGACAGUAUUGUGAAUGAUAGUAUGCUCACAAAGCCUGUCAAGAAAAGAAAGGGCAGGAACACUUCCUGUGAGUCCAGUCAGAAGGUAAAACUGAUGAUUUCAUGUCCAGAAUCAGAUGGUUGUGCUAGAGCUACCAUUAGUGGAUGGGAUUGGCGUAAUUGGGCGAGGAAUGCUACUCCAUCGGAAAAGGCUCGUGUUAGAGGGUACCAUGUUCGGGCUAUUCUUUCUACCUCAAAUAAUAAUGUGUGGAAAAGUUCUCAAGUCAAGGGUCCAUCUGCAAGAACAAAUCGGGUUAAGUUGCGAAACCUGUUAGCAGCCGCUGAAGGUGCUGAGCUACUGAAAAUUACCCAAAUGAAGGCGAGGAAAAAGCGGUUACGUUUUCAGAGGAGCAAGAUCCAUGAAUGGGGUCUGGUUGCCCUUGAGUCGAUCGAUGCGGAAGACUUUGUAAUUGAAUAUGUUGGUGAACUGAUUCGUCGGCGGGUCUCGGACAUCCGUGAGUCUCAGUAUGAGAAGAAUGGGAUUGGAAGCAGUUACCUCUUUCGCUUGGACGAUGAUUAUGUGGUUGAUGCCACUAAGCGUGGUGGCUUAGCAAGAUUCAUAAACCAUUCCUGUGAGCCAAAUUGCUAUACCAAAGUGAUCACUGUUGAGGGCCAGAAGAAGAUUUUCAUCUACUCAAAGAGGCGUAUAUAUGCUGGCGAGGAACUCACAUAUAAUUACAAGUUUCCAUUGGAGGAAAAAAAGAUUCCGUGCCACUGUGGUUCCCGGAGGUGCCGUGGAUCAAUGAAUUAAGAAAUAAAGGUACCCCUCGAGGAUUCAAGUACAGUUGGAUGCAAGCUUGGCAUAUAGGUGUCAAUGGAGUAUGGAGUACCUAACUGCAUUACAUUGAAGUUUUACAAAUACAAAUGUCUUAUCAGAUCUAUUUAAAGUUCGCAGGAUUUAAUAUCAAACUAUGGGGUCGUGGAGCAUGCUGUACCGCAAGAAGAAACUAUUUAGGUUAGAUGAACUUAUUCCAAGGUAUCCCGAGGAAGGGGCAAGAGCAAGUCGAUACAUUAUCAUGUGGCUCUCUUCCGUUGGUUGCCUCUGCCUUUGUGGGGGAUUGCUACAAUCUUUCCUCAGUUCUGAGUGGACAUGGCAAAUCAGUUCAGCAUAAGCGGAACUAGUAAAUGGUUACUUUCUGACAAGGUACGAUGAUACAUAUAUCUAUGAGGUAUGCAUGUAGGAGUCCACGAAUUUUCCAAAUGCGUGCGGUAUGUGUUCGAUCUCUUGAUUGCUUGUCCGUAUUCUUUCCUACUUGCAUUUCUUAUCAUUAAAACCCCUAAUUGCAUUUCUUUACCAUGAAAGCUUUUGUGUUAGCCACAGAAUUAAGUUUAGGUUGCUUGCUCGGACGCAUGCAUGCAUGCAAAUGGAUCCAUAAGCGUAAAUGUGUUAUUCGCUUAUGUGGUCCGUGCACGCUUGUUUGGUUUUGUCCCUGAGCCAGCCAUCUACUAUAAAAAUUGGCCAAUGUUUUGGUUGCCUACAGUUUGGCCAAAAAUUGACCAAAACAUGAUUGGGAUAUGAAUAUGAUGGAGGCAUCUGCUUCUUGAAAUUUUGGCAACCAUCUGAACGAGUGGCAAAUUCUGAGAGGUAGCCAAGUCUUGACAAGGUUGGUUUGAGCAGAAAUUAAACAUGCCUGGACGGGCAGAAGCGAGAGCAAGAACAGCCCAAAAACAAGACGCAAACAGGAGCAAUUGCAAUCCAAAACGAGGUCUUGCAUUUUUCUCUAUCAUGCUGUAUAUAUUAUAGUAAUCGAAAGAACAAACGAAAGGGAGAUGGAUCGCUAUGUUGAUUAGUUAGAUCACAAUUUAAGGUCUUCAAACAUAGUGCAGCUUCGCAUGCUCGGUGGUGAAGCUGAAGUUCACAUUGUAAAGAACCCAAGCCCACCUUCACCAGUGCCUGAUGAAGCUAAGGUCUCACAGUAGUUGGCAAGGAUCGUGGUGGUGGAUCUUGUCCCCGGGUUCGAGUCUCAACAUUUCUUCCAGAAGUAAAUUUCGGGUGGAAUAAUACUCGCACAUGUGGGUGCACUCACCGGUAAAAGUGUGUGCCUGUAGGUUAUAUCUCCAAUCUAGUUUAGACAUGUGUUAGGCUUAUCAACAUGGGUACGUGUGGGCGUGGAUGUGGUGUGAGUGUGGGUGCUUUUGACUUGUACUUGAAAAAAAAUAUGCUAAGGUCUCGCAGGCAAGGCCAGAGUAAAGAACAAACGCAUCCCAAAUUUUCGUAAAACUUGCUGAUAAAUGGUCUUAGAUGUGUUCAGAGAAAAGAUUGCUCUAGAAUUUUUUUUUUUGUCUAUUUUGUUUUUAUGAAUCGCAUUC